AAGAGAGUUCGAAAACAUUAGCAGUAAAGUUUUGUACCAUAAAACAAACCUGAUCCUUGAAUGUUUACCUAUUUGGCUCGUUUAAUAGAAUUUGACAUAACGAUGUUGCUGUCAAUCCAACUGUUAAUUUAAUGUAAAAUCGUGAAUCAAAAUAAAUAAAACCGUUGACUAUUUAUCGUAAAUAUAGGUUAAGGCCGAGUAUUCAACUGGACACGAAUGCAGUCAAAACCAACGUUCUAUUUAAUGUUGAAAUAAUUUAAAAAUCAAGAGAAAUCGUUAAAGUAUAUAUAUUAUUGUGAAUCUCAUCAUCAUGGAAGGUGAAACGACGACAAACCAAACGACUUUUGACGUGAACGUUUAUUUCGUCGUGCCUGACACAUGCCAAAAUGAGAAGGAAUGCGAUGAAAAGAUGUGGGAAGCAUUCAGGAAAUGCUCAGAUUGGGAUAUAAUUCCGGAGUGGAUAGAGGAAAAAAAAUGCUUGAAAAUGAGACCAGACAAAAAAGAUGUUUAUGUAUUUGAAAAAUUUGAUGGUGAAGUUUUUGAAAAAUUACAAACUACCAAGUGCACAAUUGUUGGAGCUCAUUGUUUGUUAUCAUGUUUUUUAUCUGGAGAACCAAUACCUGAAACUAGUUCUGUCAUAUUCAAUACAGCGAUGAAAGGGAUGGUUGUCAGCGCUUCUGGUUUCUCUGCAAACAUCAAGAAUGAAAUUCAAAAAAAAGUACAAUACAUGAGUGGAAUUUUCACAAAGCAACUGCGUGGUAGCGUAACCCAUUUAGUUACAGACAAUGUUUUUUCUGCAAAAUACGAAAGAGCUGCUGAAUUAAAAAUCAAAGUUGUUACACAAGAUUGGGUAGAAUCUGUGUGGGAUACAAAUUUAACUUCAAUGAGACCUGCAUCGGAUGCUGUGUUUGAUAAAUAUAAAUGUCCUGUAUUUUUAAAUCUUGUUGUUACAUCUACAAAUCUUAACAAACGUGAUAAAGAAGAUGUCAAAAGACUAAUAAUCACUAAUGGUGGCGAAUUUAUGGGUAUAUUAGAUGGAACAAAAGUUAAAAUAGUCAUUACAGUAGAAACCAGUGGUUUAAGUGACAAAUUAAAGUAUGCUAUGCAAAAUGGUAUUCCAUGUCUUGAGAUUAAAUGGGUUUAUGACAGUUUAGAUGCAGGAUACGCUCUACCUUUCUCAAAUUAUUUGAUUAAAUCUACUCAAGCAUGCUCAACUCCUGAAAAAAAAGGAGCUCAAGAACCAUUUGAUUUUUCUACUAUUAGUGUAAUAGGUGGUAAUAACCAAAAUGUUGUUGAUGAAACUAUUGCAUCUAGAACCAUAAUAAGCCAUGAUGACCGUACAAUGAAUUUAUCAAAUUUUUCUUCGGAAUCAAGUUCUUUGCCUCAAGCUAGUUAUAUUACCACAAUAGACAGAUUAAAUGUGACACUUGCAAAAAAGGCUGGACCUUUUCUUGAUGGUUGCAAUAUAUAUCUAGCUGGAUUUUCAUCAAGUUAUAAAGAUAAACUAAACAAAAUUUUGAAUGGAGGCAGUGCUACAAGACUAGAUGAAAUAUCGGAAGCCUUAACUCAUGUAAUCGUUGGUGAUCCCAUAAAAGCCAAUCAAGAUUUACGUGUUAUUAAAUCAAAAAAUUUAUACCCUUAUAUACUACAAGUUGAAUGGCUAGAAGAGUGUAUGAAAUUAAAGCAGCCAGCACCAGAAGACAAAUAUCUUUUUGAUAUGAAAGAUAAAAAAAAACUUGGUGUUUCUGAACCUCCACCGUCUCCUUUAAGUAAAAAAAAUCUUCAGUUAUUACAGAAGCCAAAAAUUCCCGCUGCACCAUUAUUCAAUGACGAUGACAACAAUGUUAAACCAGAGCACGAUGAACACGCUGAAAUUGUACAACAAUAUCUACAGAAAACCAAAACAGAUCAUGAUGAGUCUCUUCGUGAAAUUUUGAAAUUGCCUAAAUCGGAAAAAGCUUCAUCUUCUGGUUACAAUACGUCUAGUAAUCUAUCUGUGGCAGAAAGAUGGACAGAGUCCAUGAGAAGGGAUAACACUUCAAGUAACAAUGAUCAUCGCGACGAUAGCGCAAUACCUGUCAGUCAAGAUACUGCAAAUGGGGAAAUGAUUUUUCAAGGGUUGGUUUUUGUUAUAUUUGGGUAUGAGGGAGUAGAGCUUGCGACAAUCACAUCUACAAUCAAAGAAUUGGGUGGUAAAGUAGUGAAGAAACAUUACUCUGGUAUACCUGAUUACGGAGUUGUACCAAAAUUUGGGGCAGAGCUGAUGUACACUGUUAAUGAAAUCGUUACGGAACUUUUCAUCGAAGAUUGUAUUGACAACGAAAAAGUAGUGAACGUUGAAUACUUCCACAGGCCAAUUACAAUCAAACUCGAUGAAAAACCAUUAUCUAAUUGCGUGAUAGGAAUGAGUACUUACACUGGGACUGAAAGAUCAUACUUAUCUCGUUUAGCAGAAGCAUUAGGUGCUCAAUAUCAGGAUACUUUUGCGCGCAGAACUAAUCUGCAAAAAAAUACUUACAGUAGUACACAUCUUAUCUGCCCAAAACCCUCAGGAGAAAAAUAUAUUGCUGCAGUCAAAUGGAGGUUGCCUGCAGUAACUGCAGAUUGGCUUUUAGAAUGUGCUGCUGAAAUGAAAUUAGUCGACGAAACGCCUCAUUUGGUCGGAGAAACUAUGGCUCCGGAGCGGCCGACAACAAGUGUGGAAGCUGAUAAUCAGCAACCAAAUGUUUCGGAGGAAGCUGAUAACCAGCAACCAAAUGUUUCGGAGGAACCUGAUAACCAGCAACCAAAUGUUUCGGAGGAACCUGAGCUUAUUACAAAGAGACAAUCAUUUAUGAACAAGGAACAAUUUAUGAAUGGAUCAGGUGAAACUCCAAUAAUAAAUAAACGACUGAACAACCUCAUUAGUGAUAAAACGCCUCAAUCACCAUUCCAUAUAUCUACACCCGAAACUCCUUACGGACAAAUAUUUAAAGAUAAUCCAUCCCCAAGAACUCGCAAAGGUUGGGUCAAAUGGAUUAAUCAUUUUCCAGAUGUUCCGGUAGAAGAACCACCUCAAAAAAGACGUCGGAGCACAGUUAGCCCUUUGUCUGAAGUUAAACGCAAAGCUUGGGAUUUUGUAACUGGUAGACUAGACGAUGAAAAGGUAACGGAAGAUGAAACUGAAGAAAAAACAAUAAAACAGACCGAAGAUGAUACAAUUAAAGAGCAUGCAACAACACAAAUGUCAACAAAUCGACGACUAUCAUUUUCUGAUGAUGGAAGUCCAACGAGUACUCCAAAACACUCUGUCAUUAAUUUCCAACUCGCACAACUUGACAAUUUGUUAUCAAGAGCUUCUAAUACACCGGAGGCCAGACAAUCUUUGCUAGGGACGGAAAGCGCAGAAAACCUUACAGCAAAAACACCAGUACCAGGCAAAGAAUUUAAACCAGUUCCAGGCACAGUGAAGGAAUCUCAACCAGAAAGUGUUGGCUGGGAAAACCCACUCAAAUUAGCUGAAAAUGAAAAUUCUGCAAUACCUGAAGAAAAUUCUAUGAAUGUGACCAAAGAAGAAAAUACAUCUCUUAUGGAAAAAUCUGUACUACGAUACAGAAAAUUUAUGUUUUCCGGUAUUAAGGAGAAAUCUCCUGCUGAGAAAUUAAUACUCUCUCUUGGGGGAGAAGUUUCGACUGAAUCGUCUUACGAUCCCACUGCUACACACUUAUUAUGCUUUAAACCUGCUAGAAAUGAAAAAGUACUCAGUAGUAUAGCCGCUGGCAAGUGGGUCCUUCAUUACUUUUAUAUUGAAGCAUGUGCAAAUGUGAACGGUUUUGUAGACGAGGAAGAAUUUGAAAUGGGAAACCCAAAAAGUCAAGGAAAUAUCCCGGAGCCAUCAAAUGAAAGCGAAAAAAUGAUAAUGAGUGCAGCGUAUAGAUGGAGAUUAAAACUACUGAAACAGCCCGGUGGAGCUUUUUGCAACAUGGUUGCUCUUCUCAUUACUCAAAAAGAAAAACGAGAACAAUUUGAAAGAUUAAUUCUCGCAGGUGGUGGUAUUGUCGUUGAAGCUAAGGCUCCAUAUGAUAGUCCAAAUGGGCGAAAAAUUACCCAUUGUUUCAUUCAAAUGAAACAAAUUGAACAGCAAGUAGAUUGGGCAAUGAUGGCUAGCAAAGGCAUCUUGUGCUUUCCUCCACAACAUCUCAAUGAUCAAUUGAUGUCCGAAUAUCCAUUAAAUCCGCGAGACUGUGUUUUGCCAGAGUUCCAAAAAUAUUUAGCUCUUAUACCUAAAUAGAUGUAACCGUUUGAGAUUAUUUUGAAACCAAUUAUUACAGUGAAAUAUCCAAGACUUCAUAGUUAAUAUGUAAUAUAUUUUUAUUAUUAUUCAUUGUUUAAUAUUAACGCUUCUGAUGGUAAUUUAAAGCAUAAACGUCUGUUGAUAAUAAGUGAAUGUUAUUUUAUUGUGAAUCUAUAAUUCGGAAAUAUCUGCCGAAUAAUGUCAUUAAUUAACUAAAGAUGAUGUGAACAACUGUUUAUUCUAUUGAUUAUUAUUAUACAAGAAACUGCUGUGAAUUAAAUUUUAUGGCACGCCGCACAUUAGGCUCUGAGUUGAACGUUGGCUCCAAGAGCCUUGACGACUAUUUCAUAACACUGUAAAAAUUCCCAAAUAUAACUUUCCUUUUUGUAUGCGAGUGGUUCGUGAUAGCGGUACAUUAAUGUGCUUCUUAUAUCAUAAAAACGCGUGCCAAAAGUCUGACUUUACAACACUGCUUUUAUGCAGUGCUGUAGAAGUAAUUUAAAUUAUAUAAUUAUGUAUUGUAACCUAUAUAAUAUAAUAAUACGGCUAUUUUAAAUGAAACUUAAAAUUCAGGUUUAAUAUGAAAUCCAGGAUCAUUUGCGUGAUAAUCUAUGUAUUUGAAGUAUUUCCAAUUGUAAGAAAUACGGCAAUGAAUGACGAAAUAUACCUAAUUUGAUCUUUUUGA